UCACGUAUUGUUUUGAUGUUUUUGGAACUAAACCCGUCCGUUGAUGGUGAACAAACAAAAAUAUUUGAUAAAAGUUUUCGAUGCAGAAUCGUAAUUCUAGUUUAUAAAGGAUAAAAAUUGCAAAAGAAUGAAACGUGGAAAGCCCGUUCAGCAGAUAUAUAGACCAGGAAGUGGCCCUUUACGUAGGACUGGUCAAAUUUUAGAAGAAUCUGAAUCGGACACUAAUGUCAUUAUCAAUGCUAGAAAUAACGCUGUAAAAUCUUCAGUUAAUCGCUCUAAAUUAAAAAGUGAAAAUAACUCACCUAGGGAUCACAAUUUGGAUGUGGUGUCCGAAAAGCUAGGCGAUAUGGAUAUAAAUGAUAACUCAACUAACAAGCGUAAAUCAAAGAAACCUGAUCAAAGCUUUUAUGUUCCUAAACCAUUAGUCCAAGCUCGGGAAGGAAGUGUUAAUAAAUCUACAGAAAAUUUGGCGUACUCUAAUGUAGACCAAUGUAGUGCAGAGAAUAAAGAAUUGAGUGGCAGUGUUGGUAGCAAUUUAACAUAUUCAAAUGGAAUUAUUGAGGGUUCAAGACCAAAACGAUUUUCUAACAGAAGAAGAUUAAGUAUAUCUUCAGACACACAAGAUCGAAAUUGGCGAGCUUCAUCACCAUCAAAAAAGGAUUUCGAGUAUCGUCGGGAUAAUAGAGACUUCAGAAGAGGUUCUGAACCUCGGAAUAUAACAUCACGUAAUUGGGAUCGUGGUGCACGUGACUCACGAAGUGUGGAUCCCACUUAUAAGGGUUACCAAUCAAACGAGAAAGUUCGUGCCAAACCUCCCAGUGGUCGAAGGCCAAGUGGUGUAAGCUUAGAUUUGGCAAAAUUAGAUUCCUUACCACCACGACUUCAGAAAAAAUUUUUGGAAGAAAAUAAACUUUUGGGUUCUUACAUUGGUACACAAUCUGAAGGGACAUGGGAUGGUAAUAGUCUCACAUUUCAAGGUUCCCAUAGGCCAAACAUAUCCCAAACUGCUUGUAUGUCUGAUAGAAAUUAUUCGUUGCCUAGCCAUGCACAUUUAUCUCUGCAACAACAAAAUGUACAUAAUCAAUAUCAGUUCUCAAAUUCUCCGCAGUGCUACUACACGCUACCACAUGGAAUUCCAAGGGGUCGAGGCCGAUUGCAACAUGAAUAUGACCAUUCUCAUACAAAUUACUAUAAUAAGUGCAAUACAGGAGAUCCUUACUAUUUAACAAGUCCUUUUAAUUCUCGUCCUUCUACUCCCCCGUCUGUUGUUCCUGCGACUUACGGUAACGAGAAUAUGUCACAUCAUAGCAGUCGCCCUUCGACUCCCCUGUCUCUUUCCCAUAACAAUAACAACGGUGCAAUAGCUGGUGCAGAGAGACAAGAAAUCUGUGAUAAAAGCCAAGAAGCCGGCGAUUUCCAAGCCGCAUCCGACACUGUUAAUGAAGGCAAUAAUAAAUCUAGGGAUAUGAUGAUCAGGGGUUUCAGAGACAGUUUGAAACAGCAGUUAUCUCCCGUGUCGCCGCCUACACCACCUGAAAAACAAAUUGGAAUACCAAAAGAAACAGCUGUAACUGUGAACAAAGUCUUGGAUUGGAGCGAGGAAGUUGAACUAGAAGCCCUCAGUGAUGCGUUGACAAGAAGUUCAUCUGUUACUAGUUUAAUAGAAAAUAGUACGGCAAUUAGUAAUCCACAGAAUACAAGAAAACAGUCCAAAAAGAAAACAAAAAAGCGAAAAAACAGGAGUAAAAGUAGACAAAAUGAUAAAAACUCGGACUACCAACAUACCCAUUAUUUAGAGCAUGGUUACGAUCAGUCUCGUAAUUCCUCGUCAAGGGAUCAACCUUUUAAGGUCCCGGAAGGUCGCGGGCGGCGUCGCCGUAAUUCUCGAGACAGUAGCUACGAUCGUAGAGGUUAUAGGUCUCGAAGGACGAGUAGGGAACCUAGCUUUGAACGAAACAUAAACGAGAAUGAACCCCAAAACUGGCGAGAAGAGAUAAUUCGAUGUCGGGCAGCAUCUGAAAAAGAUGAUAGGAUAAGAAGAGACUCGGAAAAAGAUGAAAGAAUUCGGAGAGAUUCGGAUCGAGACGAUAAAAUUCGAAGAGAAUCAGAGAGGGACAAUAGAGUACGAAUUAAUUCUGACAGGGAUGACAGAAUUAGAAGGGAUUCGGAAAGGGACGAGAGACCAACAAGGGAAUCAGAGAAAGAGUACGCAACGCGUAAAGAUUCAGGAGGGGGAGGAAACUAUAUUCGGCGCAAUUCUGAAAAAGAAGUGUUAAAGGAACCAGAAAUGGGUUCAAAGAAAGGUGGAUUACUUGUUUUACCACAGAAGGAAGCUGAAACGGUUUCCGGAAUAGCUACAGAAAGACCUCAUUACCCCGAAAUGCAACGGAAACCUGUAAGCCCAGGCACACAACAACAAAAGUGCCUGUUCGACCCAAAAAAUCCAAAUAAACCUAUCAUUAUAAAUUCGAGUAGUUGCAGAGUUAGUGUGCCAGGAUUCACAGACAAUACUGAACCUCCACCAGAAUUGAAUCAGUACACGGAUCAAUUAGGCAAUCAGAGACCUGUAUGGUAUAAUGAAAAUUCGGAUAAUUGGAAGUCGUGCCGUUUUCCUGGCCUGUUGAAGGAGGUUAAACAGGCCGACUUGGAACUUCAAUACAUAAAUAAUUCGGGUAUGAUCUUGGUCCAUUGGGGCAAUGUAAUUAAAUUACGCCGGUUCCUAAUGGAAAGCUUGAAAUAUCUCUUGUGUAAAGACAUAAAGUUUUGCCAGUCUGAAAAUGUAGAACAACAUUUAUGGAAGAUUCUCUAUCACAACAUAAUCGAAACUAUGCGAAAAGCAAUUGCAAAUGAUGCACAGAAUAAGGAACAGUAUAAAGGUUUUUUAUUGUGGAUUAUCGAAGAAGGAACAAACUAUUUUGAAUCAUUGCUUGAACUCCUAGAACAGACGCACAAUUUCAAAUUGAGUGAUCAUUUAGGUAACAAUAACAAUACGACCCCUAAAGGAUCUAAGUAUGCAGGACUAGCCCUCAUUUCUGCUCAGAAAUUGUUUCUCUUUCUGGGGGAUCUUGGAAGGUACAAGGAGGAAGUCAAUGAAACGUCUAAUUACGGAAAGUGCAGACAGUGGUACAUUAAAGCAUGCGAGCUUAAUCCUAAAAAUGGUAGACCCUAUAAUCAAUUAGCUGUACUGGCUUUUUGUGCUAGGCGAAAAUUAGAUGCCGUUUACUUUUACAUGAGGAGCCUUAUGUCCUCCAAUCCCGUUCAGUCAGCUCGGGAGACGCUCAUAUCCCUUUUGGAUGAAAAUCGAAAAAAGUAUGAGCAAGGGGAAAAGAAAAGGCGGGAAGAAAGACUGGAGAGGGCACGACAGCACAUGAAGGACAAAGAAUCGGAGAGCUCAAGUCAUUCGAGUUCCCUGAGGAAGGAGAUUUGGAUAAGACCGGAUGGUGGACGUCGUGUUCAUCGGACAACGUCAGCUGUACAAGAUCCGAAACCACUUGACUCGGAAGAAGAAGACCUGGCUUCGUUAAGUAGUGUGGAGGUGAACAAAAGGUUCGUAACCAGCUACCUCCACGUCCACGGCAAGCUCAUUAACAAGAUCGGAAUGGAAACGUUUCAAGAAGCUGCAAUGCAAAUGUUGAAAGAAUUUAGAGCCCUCCUUCAGUGUUCACCGCUACCUAUCAAAAGCAAUCGACUCUAUCAACUUUUAGCGCUGAACAUGUUUGCCAUCGAGAGCACUCAACUAAAAGAUCCACAACUGCAAGCUCAACCAGGAUACAGAUCCGAGUUGCAAGAACGCGCUCUUGUUGUGUCCUUGCAAAUGUUUAACUUGAUCCUAGAACGGUGCAACUUGCUACUCCAGGAGUAUAUCAAAACAAACAAAGAGCACACCAGCAGCAUUAGAAACAGUUCACUGUUUGAAGAUAUUUUAGUUUUGUUACCAGCUGUGAAAGUUUGGUGCGAUUGGAUGCUGUGUCAUAGUAGUGUGUGGAAUCCGCCACCAUCCACCCAAGACUACAGAGUGGGGCCUCCCGGAGACGCAUGGGCUCGCUUAGCGUCCCUUAUGAAUUUACUGGAAAAGCUGGAUAAAAGCGUCGCUUCGUCAUUUAUUACAGAGCCGAGGGAAGGAUACGAACUAGUUCGGCUACCGGAGGACAGUGCCCUUAGUGGUUUCACCCCUCUCAUGUAUAACGAAAACAUUCCUCAAUUUGCCCCGAAGGAGGUCGACAUGGAAGGUGCCCAGUUCACGCUUCGUCUUUCCAAAUUGCUCUUUUUUGGAACCGUAUUUUUAUGUGGACUUGAGCCUCCAGUUCUUAAACUAGAAAUCGAAAAAGACUUUCAAAAAUAUAUUUCUGUUGUUAAUGUAUGUUCAAAUCGUGACUCGACUCCAUCACCACCCGAGUUGACUGAAGAUAGCGACCUGUAUUUGGAAUGUUUCAGUGAAGACGAAGAAGAAUUACCUCCAAAAAUAACAGAAGAUGCACCAGCAGAAAUUUCAGAACUUCUCUCUCGGAAGGUUGAAUUAGAAAAACGACAUCGUACUCAAGAGUUGCACCGGCAGCGUGUACAGAAUAUUUUACGUCAGCAAGUGGUAAGUGUGCAAAUAGAAGUCAAACCAAAAAUCCUCGUACCUGACACUAAUUGUUUCAUCGACUAUUUGCACAUGAUCAAAGCGGCUGCUUCUGCUCAUGUCUACACCCUAAUGGUACCAUUAGUAGUUUUAAACGAAUUGGAAGGAUUAGCUAAAGGUGGAAAAGGUCCUUUACCGUCACCACGAAACGUUCUAGACCCAAGUCAUAUCAAAAAAGUGGCGGUGGCUGCCAAGUUGGCUUUAGAUUUCUUACAAAUCCGCCAACCAAAUAUAAAAUGCGUUACUACGAAAGGUACGACAUUGACUUCGUUUACUUUCACGGUCGAAGACGAUUCAUCUAUAGAUUCCACCCUUAAGAACGAUGACAAAAUUCUGGCCACUUGUUUGGUUCUUUGCAAGAAUAGUAAAGACCAAGUCGUAGAAGGCGAACCAAGGAACUUAUUUAGGGAAGUAGUUUUAUUGACCGAUGAUCGAAAUUUGAGGGUAAAAGCUCUUGCCAGAGAUGUGCCGGUACGCGAAGUUCCAGAUUUCAUAAAAUGGGCUGGAUUAGGAUGAACCACGUGACCAGCAGUUUCGAUGCUAAUUCAGAAACGGAAACCGGUUCUUCUCAGUUCCGUAACGGUUUCAAGAGACGACGGAUUCAAUAUUUAGCAGUCCAGUUUUUCAAAUUACAGUUUUAAUGUCUAACAAUUUAAUAUACGAAUGAAUUUGGCAAAUGCUUGAUUUUCAGAUAGUUCAACUGUUUCUUGUACGAGUAGAAAGUUUUUUAAUAGGUUUUCGAAAAAAUUAACUUCAUAUAUAUAUCCAGGUGUUUUGUUGUAAUUAAUGAAACUGCAUUCCUAUAAAGAUUUGAAAAAGAAAAAAUCGUCUAAAAAUUACCAUCGUGAGCCUUAACGUGCCAUGUAAUUAUUUUCUAAGUUUCCCAUUGUCUAGAGAGUUGGAUGUCACAAAAAACAAUUCUGUAAUUAAUUACUAACUAAAAGCAUACGGUACCUGUACUGACACAUCUUAUUUUCGCUAAGUUUUACUACUGUUCGACUUUUACAUUGUACUUAUUUUAUUUGAUUUAUUUUUUUUCUUUUUUGUUUUAAUUUUGUGCCAUUAACUUCUGGCAGACUAUUAAUUAUAGUAAUUUUAAUCUUGCAAUGUUUAUUAUUGUGUAAGUUUUGUAUUAUAUAUUUAUACAAU